CAAUCCAAUUUGAAACUUCCACGUCAGUUUGAGCGGCUCUCCUGCGGAGCUAUGUCUGCUCACGAGUUUAUGGACUAAUAUCGGGAUAGUUUUACAUCUACACGUUAAAUAUGAGCAUCAGGACGUCAACAGAGAACAGAAGACUUGAGAUCUGAGCACCAGUGGACAGUGAAGACUAUGGAACAGAACAUGUGAUGGCUUUGUGUGGAAAGCUGCUGAAGCCAGCCGGUGACUCCUCAUCAGUCUCUCCAGGCAGCACCCAGCUAUUCUUCCAUCUUGCAGAUGAAAAGACUUUGAUAUCACCUGGACACAGCAGGAACCUACGCCAGGAUCCUGUUUGUGGACUUCAGCUCUGCCUUCAACACCAUCAUCCCGGCUCGGCAGUGAUUAAGUCUCAUGAAUGUUUGCGUUUUACAGAUGGAACCACACAGAUGCACGGCGAUGACACCAAGCUGCUUUUGAAAGACAUUGCCAUCCAGAAGAUGACUUCGAUGCUCGCUGAAGUACUUGUGGUGGUAAAGGACCUGUCCAGAGAUGUGCAGUUAAUCAAGAAUGAGUUGGCAGAGGGCAACAUGACCCCGGCUGGUAGUCAGGGACCAGGGUCAGCCACAACCCAUAUGUUCCCCAUCCAGCUGCCAAUCGCCAAUGAAGACGACUUCAAUGAGGCUGAAUCAUUGCUGAAGAAUGAAUCAGUCCGUCAAAAGAUGAUUGCUCGCCUGGCUCUGGUAGGAGGCGCCAAUUCAGAGAACCUGAUCAGACGGAUGCUGGCAACUGCUCUGACUUGGCCUGUCGGUACAACUGGGCUUGGAAGAAGCCAUUCAAGGAAACGGCAAUACAAGACUGCAUAUUUGCUGCUGCUCGGCAGUUCGACCGCAAGCUGACCCACAAUGGCUUCAGUGAAACUGUAAAGAAGUGGCUUCGUUAUGCUCCGUUAGAUUCCUAUACCGGAUCUCCUCUCUGGUAAACAAAAACACCCUGAAAACUCUGGCAGGAGCACUCAUUCAAGGGUACUAUGACUAUGCUUGCACGUCAUGGUACCAUAGCACCUCCAAGGCGCUAAAAAUAAAACUUCAAACAUCGCAAAAUAAACUGGUCAGACUACUGCUUGACCUUUCAUCUAGAACCCACCUCACCUCUGCC